AUGGCUCAGCCAAGGUGCAACAUCCAGGUUGAACGCGCCAAUGGACUGAUCCUCCAAGGGCUCAAGGCCAGAAUAUUCGACCCGAUCAAAAAAUACGGCUCCAAGUGGAUUCAAAAACUACCCAGAGUAGUAUGGGGGCUGCACAUGCAGAGAAGUCGGGCUACCGGCAACUCCCCCUUCUUCAUGGUCUAUGGUUCUGAGGCCAUCCUCCCGACGGAUAUGGCCAUUGGUGCUUCGCACACCCAGAAUUACGACCAAGGUGAGGCCAAAACCACUCAGCGAACCGACCUCGACUCGGCCGAGGAGCACCGCCUCACGGCUGCCCUCCAACAUGCCCGGUACGAGCAACAGCUCCGCCGCUACCAUGACAAAAAUGUCCAGCAGCACGACUUCAAUGUCGGCAAUCUGGUACUCCGUCGGGUCCAGUCCCCCGAGGAAAACUCACAUCCCCAUGGGAAGGUCCCUUUAUCGUGA